GGUAAUUAAAAUCCCCCCCAAAAAUUUAAAUAAAAUAUUUCAGUUGUGUAACAACAAGGUGUAGAAACAAUAAAAAGAAUAUGUUUAGCCUCUUGGAAGACUAUGUGGAUUGAUUUUGAGAACAGAUCCUGCUUGAUGGGAGAAGGGCAUCUUGUGCUAUACUCAUAGCACAAAAUGUUUUAGAUGCAUCAUGCCCAAACAUACCAUAUAAUUAAAGCCUGUAUUCUAUGCAGACUGGCUGAUGCAGUGGCUGGUAUCUACCUUUAAACACUGCUAUGUUUCUUAAAUGUUACUAAAAUUGUAAUACAUUGCUAUUCUUAAUGCUGAUGAGGAGCCAGGUUUGGAAGCACUGACUUUUCUAAGUCCACCAGGAGUUGAAAUAGGUUGGUUGUACUGUAUAGUACAAGUUUCUUUUUCUCCUUUUUUCGUACUUCUAAGUCCGCUCAACCCCUUGCCUUUGGGUAUAUGCAAAAUAAAAACAAGGAUAUCAAAUAUCAAAACAGCAGAAAAGGAAACUCACUCCUGUGGAGCAAACAUCCAUCAAAAAAUCUAUAACCUUGCACUCUAGCUCAGAACCUGAAGAAAAAAGCUUGGUAUUUAAGGUAUACCUACAUGACUAGCGACUAUGGCAGCAAAGGUACAUCUCCAGGCGCAUCUGGUCCCCGUCCGGUGACAUUGCUAAAUUCUGUCCAAUCUUAUUGAAUAAGAAACAGGAGAGAGAUUGUUACUCAAAUAGUUAAAGUAUAUGCCUCAUAGGUGACAACUAGCAUCUUGAUUUGUAUCUGGAAGCCUACUGGUCACUAGUACAGCUUGCAGUGGAAGAAUGCAUUGUGCACUAGCUAUUUCUGAGUUGUCUUCACGGUUAGGCCCUUUGCACUUGUCCACAUGCAGGACAUGACAUAAAUCACUAUGUAAAGAACCUCCUGGUCCAGAAAUGGGCUUAAUGAAUCUUAUGUAAAUGUCUUACUGGUCAUAGAUGUUUCUUGGCUGUAUUUAUCCAUUAAAAGUCAAGGAAGACCCCUAAUACUCCACUGAGCUGCAAUUGAUUUGGGGAUAUGAAAUCUCAUUGCGUGAUACCACAUUAAUGGAAUAUAAUGUUAUCAAUUGAUACAACCUUGCUUGAGAAAUUAGAGCUUGACUAAAUUACCUGAAAUGUACAGCAUUUGUUUAAAAUUGUCCUCAUCCAAUGAAAACGCUUGAGCUGGAGUUUGUGACUUUUUUUUUUUGCUGGACCUAAAAUAAGAUGAACAGCGAGAAAGAAAAAAAGUUUCCUAUGUAUAUUCAAAUAAUAUUACUGGGAAUUUGUAGACAGUCCCUUAAAGCAGGCAUGAGUGGUUGUUUUUUAAGGAUUCCAGAUGUGAGUCAGAUGCUUAAAAUGAGAGAGGAGGAAGGGAGGAACCCAACUGCUUGAAAAUAAGGAAGGUAAGUUUCCCAACUUUUCUGACUUUACAUUUCAUUCAUAAAAGUAUUUCAGUAUUUAUCAUUCCAAAAACAAUCUACAAAUUCAUGGCAUUAUUUGUGCAAAUGAAUUGGGAGACAAAUGAUCUACUCAAACCAGUGAGAUUGCUACGUAAUUAAUAUAAGUGGAGAGGGAGACUUAAUUUAUUCAGUGAAAUUAGAUGUGAAUUAGGAGGAGGUAGUUUAUAGCCAUUUCUUUCUAACAUUGCUACAGGAACAAUUACAAACCUUGUGUUGUUUCUAAACAUCUGUAUCUGAUGUGUAGUAUAUGUAUAAUUAAAAUUGCAUUUGUGCUCUAUAAAGUAUUAUAUGGACACGUUUGCACUAAGGGUUAUAAUUAUUCCACCAACCAAAUGCUGAAAUUGUUUCGUUUUGAAGUUUUCUAUAAAUGAGGAAAUGCAUGUGAAUGAGUGACCAGCAGCAUAUAAUGACAGCUUCCAGAAAGUAAGGGUGCUUUUAUACCUGAUUAAUGCAGUGGAUACUUAAUGUAUGAUUUUUGACAUUUGAAUAAGUUUUUUUUUUCCUACAGUAGAUGAAAAAAGGGUGUGGAUUUGAGGAAUCAGGUCAAUUUCACAGGAAUGGUUUAUGAGAUUUCAAUUUUUUUAAAGUUUAUAUUGCAGAUGGACAUUUGAUAUUUUUUAAUUGAGUAGCUAUAUUUUAGUACUUUUUUGUAGGUUUGGAAUUACCAUUUCUAAUAACACUCAAAAUAUGUAAAGAUAUUUUGUUUUGCCACGACUAAUAUAUAUGAGGGCUGGCUAUGUAUUUUUUUGCACAGUUGCAUGGAGAUAGAUUGCUCUAGAAGUUUAAAACUUCAAUAAUACGCUUCAUGCAAACUUACUUUUUCAGUGCUAGUAUUGCAGUUCCACAGCUUAUAUAAAAUGCUUACAUAAGAAUUAUGACUAAUCAUAAAACUAUUGGUGACAUUUUUUCUGUUCUAUGAUUCAUUGUUUGUAUAUGUUGUACUAUCUUGUGGGGGGGAGACUUUGUAUAGCUGCUGAAAAAAAAUUAUAUAAUGACUGAACAACAUAGUAAAGUUUAUAAAUAUAUCCAGGGUGAGUUUGUUUGUUUUAGCUGUACCAUAUCGGGUUGAAAGCAGAAAAAUACCGUCACUUUCUCUUGAUGCUUUUCCUGACUGAAACACAAAGACUUAUUCAACUUUACAAUUAGCAACUGGUUCUUUCAGAGAAUGCCACACAGAUUGCAUAAAUCUGCACACAUUUAUGGUAGGUUGUUUGGUUCUAGCUUAAUGUGUUUUAUAGAACUCCAUCUUUAUGGCUUCGAAAUCAUGUUUUAUGAUUGAAUGUUUGUAAAUCCAGCUGUUUAUGACUUAUCUAAUAAACUACUUUGCAUUCAUAAAAAAGAAAGAAAAAACACAAAAAACAUAUUGCCUACACAAAAUUAUUUCGCCUAGUUUUUUAAACAAAUAUUUAAACCUUGAUUACACGAGGUGGUCUUUCAAUGGACAAGGGUGAAUAGACCAUAGUUUAAAUAAUAAUUUACAAAUAUGAACACUGUCACCAUCUCAGUUCAGAUGUCAACCAUGCUUAAACUAUAAUUAGCUAAAUAUUACCCUGGACUAUAAAUGUUGGGUAAUAAAUACAAAGUCUGGAGGUACAGAACACAUUAGCCAAAAACCUAACAUGAGUUAGAGUGGGGUGUGCUCCAGGUUAUUAAUUCCAGUUAGUUUUGAAAUGUGUAGAAGGAUAGAUGUAGAGAAUUUUAAAUGAUUUAGUCUUAUUUUUUAAAAAAAACCACAAACCACAAAUACUUUAGCUGUUCUAGUUUUUACUUUCACAUUAACUACCAUGAUAGAUAAAAGCCACACUUGAGUAAUAUUUGCAAGCCUUCUCCUCUUUUUCCAGAUGGAUGUUUGUCUACUUUCCCUUCCCUUCCUUCACAAAGAAGUCCUACACUGGCCACAUUACAGUGAUUCCCUGAAAUGUCUUUUUCAAAAUUUGCAGGGUGUGGGCUGAAUUCUGUGGAUCUGAUUUUUCUUUUCUGUUCAUGGUCUGGAGCCAGAUGUUACUGAAUUGUAACUCCUUGAAAUGUUUGGUGUUCACAUCCCUCUUGUGGAGCAGAAGCUCACUUGACUUUACCUUGAGUAAACUCACUGAAGAUCCCCCAACUCCUUUUGCUCUAAUGUUACUGAGUGCUUAUUUUCAGCUCCAUGGAUCUCAGGUGUAGUCAUAUGUAAGCAUGAAGGAAGGUCGUUACGAGACAGGGAAAGUAUGUAGUAUAAAGUGGCUUAUUAGGGGAAAGAAAGGAAGAAAAGAACCAAAUUUAUUCAGCAAACUUCCUUGAAAAUGCCCGGGACUUGAUUGAACUAUGAACAUUCCAUUCUAUUUUUGAACUCUGUGAUUUGUUAUCCAAUAAAGAAAGAAUUGUUUUCUGUCUCCAGUUAAAUAAAGACAGCGAAGACACUUCCCUAAGGUCAAAGAAUUUCCUGGGUUUGUAGUAGCAGCAGCCACCACCCAAGCAAAAUGACAAGCAAGAAGAUCAGCCUUCCAGCAAAAUUAAUCAAUGGAGGUAUAGCUGGCCUUGUGGGGGUAACUUGUGUGUUCCCUAUUGAUUUGGCCAAAACCCGUCUCCAGAAUCAGCAAGGACGAGCAGUCUACACAGGCAUGCAAGAUUGUUUGGUGAAGACAAUACGCUCAGAAGGGUUGUUUGGCAUUUAUAGAGGGGCUGCUGUAAACCUCACUCUUGUUACUCCAGAAAAGGCGAUCAAGUUGGCAGCCAAUGAUUUCUUCCGACAGUUGCUCUCCGUGGAUGGAAAAGAAUUGUCCUUGGCCAGGGAAAUGCUGGCUGGCUGCGGAGCUGGGACAUGCCAGGUGGUGGUCACAUCCCCGAUGGAAAUGUUGAAAAUUCAGCUUCAGGAUGCUGGGCGUCUAGCUGCUCAUCAGCAGAAAGCCCUGGGGCUGGAGAAAACAGCUGCUGCCUCUUCUCAUCCGCCACAAGGACAGCCUUACACCACUGGAACUCUGGCGGCCUCCAAACGCCCUUCUGCCACUAGGAUUGCAAGUGAACUGCUGCACACUCAGGGGAUAGCAGGCCUGUAUAAAGGGCUUGGGGCCACCCUACUCAGGGAUGUCCCUUUUUCCAUCAUUUAUUUUCCACUCUUUGCCAACCUUAACAAGUUGGGACAAAAGACCUCUGAAGAAAAAGCAUCUUUCUUUCAUUCAUUUCUGUCUGGCUGUGGGGCGGGAUCUCUGGCUGCAGUUGCGGUAACACCAUUGGAUGUUCUAAAAACUCGCAUUCAAACUCUGCAGAAAGGACUGGGAGAAGAUACCUACAAUGGAAUCAUUGACUGUGCCAGGAAGAUCUGGAUUCAUGAGGGUCCUUCCGCUUUUAUGAAAGGAGCAGGAUGUCGUGCCCUGGUGAUCGCUCCCCUCUUUGGCAUCGCCCAAGGAGUCUAUUUCAUUGGCAUUGGAGAAUGGAUCAUGAGCUUUUUCCAAUAAUGCCACCUUGCAAUUGAAGAAGACUCUGGAUUAAAUUUGCACAAAUUGCAAACCAUCACUUGAAAAUCAACAGAACAGAACCAUCUUGUGAGCAUUUUUGGGGAUCGUAAACCACCAUCCAUGGAAGAUGGCCUAGAUGGAAUACCACCUUUGCUUCUUUUUGUAUUCAGCAGAUGACUUUCAGCAAACUAGAAUAUAGACGCUGUGCUUCUAAAGACCACACCUUCUGGGUAAAUCUUCAUUGGAUUAAUUACAUCUGAUAGAGCAUUCUUUGAUUGAAAGAAUAUUUGAAAACUACAGUAUCCGUAAAAACAACUGAAAUAGCAAAUACAAUACAGGUAGCAUUCAAUUUAAGACCUACCCAUUACAGUUGCAAGUAGUGACAGCUCAUAAAUGAUAUGGCCUUGCUUAAUAACUUCCACUAUCUGCUUGCCUUAAUGAGGCCAUUAAAUGAAUGCAUGAGUUGUUAAGCAGAGCACGGGUACCUCGGAGGGAGGGGGAGACCCAGGACAGGCCCAGGCCUACCUGCCUAGGCUUCCCAAGCCUCCCCUACCCCAAGGCAUCCCAUGUUCUGCUUCUUGGGGUCCCUGCAGGCCUUUGCUUCUCACCCAAAGGGGCAUAAGAUGGCUACUGGCAUGCAGGGGCUCUGAGGCCUUGUAGGCCGAGGCUUUCUUUUCACUCAGCCACCCAAGGAACUUGGACUCUGCCUGUUCCUCAGCCACCUCCAAGGCCCAGCAGCACCCAAGUUAUCUUUUUUUAUUGCAAAGGCUCCCAGCUGAGGUGAUGCAAGGAUCAGUUUUUCCUACAGAGGCUGUCCCAAGACAACCUUGGGCUAUUGUAUUCUGCAAGCAAGCACUAUUGUUGUGGGCCUGUAAGGGGAGGGGGUCCAUUUUAAAGUAAGCUCCACAAACACUCUCCAAAAUUAGAGCCUCUGUAAAAAAAAAAAAAAUGGAGCCGGCUACGGGCUUGUGACAAUACUACCUGCUUUCAGAAUAGCACAAGGCUGUCUUUAUAGUUAUUUUUCUUAGGUUUUUCCAAGGAUGCAUCUAGGCCAGGGGUCCCCAAACUUGGCAACUUUAAGAGUUGUGGACUUCAACUCCCAGAAUUCUCCAGCCAGCAGAG